UCGCUUCGUUCGCAUAAAAGGAAGGGAGCGGAGAGGGAGAAACCCCCCAAAAAUCAGAGCCUCAGAGAGAGAGAGAGAGAGAGAGUGAUGAGUGAAGCGCUUCUGAGAGAGUACAGAGUCUGCGAGGAGAUUGGCCGGGGGAGGUUCGGAGCCGUUUCUCUCUUCCAGUCGCUUGACCCGACCCGACCCGGAUCCUUCGCCGUCAAGUCCAUCAGCAAGGCCUCCGUCUCCGGCGACGAUCUCGACUCCCAGUGCCUCCUCUCCGAGCCCAAGAUCCUCUCCCUCCUCUCCCCCCACCCCAACAUUGUUCAGAUUUACGAUGUGUACGAGGAUUCGACCCACCUCCACAUGGUGCUCGACCUCUGCAACGGCCCGGACCUCCACCAGCUCCUCGUCAAUGCGGGCCGGCCAUUCUCGGAGUCGGAGGCGGCACCGCUCUUCGCACAGCUCAUGCGGGCCGUCGCCCACUGCCACCGCCAUGGGGUGGCCCACCGCGACAUCAAGCCCGACAACAUCCUCUUCGACCCCACUGGCCGCCUCAAGCUCGCCGAUUUCGGGUCAGCCGACACAUUCUCUGCCGGGCCACUCUCCGGGUUGGUGGGCACGCCCUACUACGUGGCCCCCGAAGUGGUGGCGGGCAGGGCCUACGGGGAGAAGGUAGACGUGUGGAGCGCCGGGGUGGUACUCUACAUGAUGUUGGCUGGGUUCCCGCCCUUCUACGGCGAGACGGCGGUGGAGAUAUUCAACGCAGUCCUGAGGGCCAACCUGAGGUUUCCAGUGAGGACUUUCGGGUCGGUCUCGCCCGCGGCCAAGGACCUGCUGAGGAGGAUGCUCUGCAAGGACAUUUCCCGGCGGUUAUCAGCGGAGCAGGCUCUCAGAAAUCCGUGGACUGCGAGCGGUGGAGUAGUUGACAAUGACAAGAACGACCCAACCUAAGAAAGAGAUGGUCCGCCCGAUACAACGGGAGGAAUGCAUGGAUGUAUAUAGAUUUGCAUCAUAAGGGUGCAAAGUUUCCAAUGCUUGAGCUCUCUGGGAGAAUUCCAUUUUGCAGAUGAUUUUCCGGAGGAGGCCCCCGCUCGAAGUCGUUUCCAGUUUUUCCGCUUUUCGGUUUUGCCAUGGCUGAGAAGAUUUUGUAGAGAGUAAAGAUGUGAAUAGGUCCUUUGAACAGUCGAAAUAUGAAGGUUUUUCCUUUGUCCAUGA